CGACGAACAUGACAACCGACAUUGCCAUUGACAUUGGCACGUCCAACCUGCGUGUCGGCGUGUGGCGCAACGACCGCGUCGAGCUCCUGGCCCUCGACAGCGACGGCGCGACGGCCCUGCCUGCGUACGUCGCGUUCACCGAUGCCGGACGUCUUGUCGGGCGCCGCGCCAAAGCCUAUGCUGCUACCGACGCCGCCAACGUCGUUUUUCGCAUGACGCGCUUCCUCGGGCGCUCGAUGCGCGAUCGCGGCGUCCGCGCCGACUGCGACAAGGUGCCGUUUCAAGUCGUGGCCUCCAGUGACGACAAGCCCCAAGUGCGCGUGACAUUAAACGGCCAACCCUCGACGUUCGACCUCGAAGAGGUCUUGGCCACGCUCUUGGAGCACACCAAGGCGAUGGUCGACGAGCAGCUGACGGUGGGUUACGUGACGUUGACGGUUCCCGCCGCCUUUACCACGACCCAGCGCCACGCAGUGCUUGACGCUGCGGCUAUCGCAGGGCUCAACGUGCGCAAGCUGUUGAACGCGCCGACUGCCGCGCUUGUCACCUACAUGAACAUGCAUCCGCGAAUGCGCGAGGAGCGGACCGUCCUGACGGUGACCGCCGGCGCCGGUUCGCUUGGCGUUGCCAUCACGGUUGAUGAGAGUGCUCUGAGCACGGCUGUGGCGACGUCUGGAAACGCGCACCUCGGUGGCCUCGACAUUGACGAGCGCCUCGUGCGGCACUGCAUCGCGGCCUUUGAACGCACCAUCGGCUGCGACGUGCGCCUGUCCCCGCGUGGCUUGCAGCGACUGCGCACCGCGUGUGAAGAGGCGAAAAUCGCGCUCUCGACAGCGACGACGACCACCGUCGAAGUGCCGCGUCUUUCGGGCGAGAACGACUUGGUUGUCGUUGUCUCGCGCGACCAAUUGAAUCAGCUCGCGCGCGAAAUGAUGGCGCAGCUCACGGCGCUUGUCGUCAAGGCUCUCCAAACGGCCAAGCUGGAUAAGAACAACAUUGACGACAUUGUUCUUGCCGGCGGCCUCGUGCGCAUGCCGCUGCUGAAGACGACGCUCGUCGACUUGUUUCACGGCCAGCGCGUCCGCUUGGUGGGUAACCCAGAUGAAGCGAUCGUCACUGGCGCGACCCUGUACACUGCCAAUGCGACCCUGCGCGCCACCGGCCGCGAUGUGCUCGCCUGUCAGUGCCUUCCGACGCCCUUCUGGGUCGCGACAGAAGCCCGACACCCGCAGUACCUUGCUCGCGGCGCAACAGACUACUUCUCCACGACAGAGGAUAUGUUCACGACGCAAGCCAAUCAACCCGACAUCACCCUGCUCGUCUACGAAGGUCUUCUUGGUCAGCGUGACACGAGCCACCUCCAGGGCAAGUGGCGUGUCGGGCCACUGCCGAACGGUAUCCCCCGAGGCGCGACGGUCCAAGUGGGGUUUCAAAUCUGUCACGCCACCGGUACGCUGCAAAUUAGCGCCACCGUGGACGACAAGCCAAUUCCAGCGACCAACGAGUUGGCCCCGACGACGCGCGGUCGCAUGUGCCGCCUCAUCCAAGAAGCUGCGACGCGUCGCCAAGUUGACGGGAGACAGCACAUCCACGCAGCCCGCGCAGCUGCCAAAGCUGCCGCCACCGAGUACACCAUGCGUCUCCGCGAGGCGUGGCAUGGCGAUGCCAUCAGCCGCAACCGUGUGAGCGAAGUGACGCGGGACGAGCUCGAUGACGCGCUCGCGCUUGCACUCAAGUGGCUCAUCUUGCAUCCGAAUGCGAAUACGGUCGAAUACGAAGUCGUACGCUUCAAACUCGAAGCUGUCGGUAGCCGCGUGGUCGAAGCCCUCUAUGACAUGGACGCAGCCCCGUCUUGGCGCCUUCCGGCUUAUUAACUUGCGUACUAUACUUUCUAUCUAUGACCAUGUCCUUGCG